GGGUUUUUUUAUUAUUAUUUUUUUUUUUUGGUAUACAAUGGAGCACAGUGCUGACGACUUGAAAAUGGAUCUGGGCAAUGAAACCAAUAUUGAAAAUACAGUGGUGGACAACUGUGAGGUACCAGAGCCUGAAGAUAAAACUGGUGACAUGGGUAUCGUUCAAGAUGAUGGAACAAAAAAAUUAGCUGAAGAUUUGAAGUGUGAGGAAAGGGAUUCCGAUUUGGCUUCUGAUACAGGGAAUAAUCAAGAGAUGGUGGAUCCGUGUGAGUCUUCUGCUAUCAAUAGUGAGCAAAGUACCACUGAGUCGAACCAAGAAACAGAGGAAGGUAACUCUCAAUGUACACCAGGGUCCAGCAGAGUUACUGAGCAGUCUAUGUCUGCCGAAUCUGAUCAGCCGGAGAGCUAUCAACCUUCUGAAGACAAGCCUGAGGGCGAAAACCCAUCCUUACAGAACUUGCUGUGCUCUAGCACUAGUGUAAGCCCUUCGGAAGAGGUGUCCGAUGCUACCGCAUCCAAGUCCCCCGGAAACGAGGCUGGUGUAGACUACUAUUUUGUAAAAUGGAUAAAUUGGAAAGGGGAGAGGACCCCUGUCAUAACCCAGAGCGAGAAUGGACCAUGUCCUCUGCUGGCCAUCAUGAACAUCCUCUUCCUGCGAUGGAAGGUGAAGUUACCCCCCCAGAAGGAAGUAAUCACAUCUGAGGAGCUUAUGGCGCACCUGGGCGACUGCAUUCUUUCUAUUCAACCACAAGAGAACUCCGAAGCUCUCCAGCUGAAUUUCCAGCAGAAUGUUAACGAUGCAAUGACUGUGCUCCCCAAACUCUCCACUGGGCUGGAUGUUAACGUUCGUUUUACUGGGGUUCAGGACUUUGAGUACACUCCAGAGUGCAUAGUGUUUGACCUUCUAAAUAUUCCUUUGUACCAUGGCUGGUUGGUGGAUCCGCAGUGCGCAGAGGCAGCUCAAGCCGUGGGAAAACUAAGCUACAACCAGCUCGUGGAGAAAAUAAUUACUUGCAAGCAUUCAAACGACCCCAACCUGGUCACUGAAGGCCUCCUCGCAGAACAGUUUCUGGAGUCAUCUGCUACCCAGCUCACUUACCACGGACUGUGCGAGUUAAUGGCUGCAGUGAAGGAAGGGGAGCUCGGUGUUUUUUUUAGAAACAAUCAUUUUAGUGCACUAAUAAAGCACAAGGGCCACUUGUAUCUUCUGGUUACCGACCAAGGAUUUUUGCAAGAAGAAAAGGUGAUUUGGGAGAGCCUGCACAAUGUGGAAGGAGACAGCUGUUUCUGUGACUCGGAUUUUCAUUUGACCCCACAUCUGGAAAAGGAGGCUUCUUUCAACAACCCCCAACAGCUGCAGCAGAGACAGGUGGAUCAGGAUUAUAUGAUUGCUCUGUCAUUGCAACAGCAGCAGCAGGGCCCUCUGGCAAUGAGUGACUUAGAGCUAGCCAGGCAGCUGCAGCAAGAGGAAUAUCAACAACAGCAGCAGCAACAACAACAGCAGCCUCCACCGCAACAGGAGCCGCAGCCGUCUUCACAGCAGGCGAGGGCACAGCCUUCCGGACGCCCUUCUAGAGAACAAAGAUCACGGCCUAAGCAGGAAUCUGACUGCGUCUUGCUAUAGUGUGGAUCUUACGCCGAGUGAUGGCGUUAAUUGUGUUUCCUAUAAGGAGUGCCCAGAGGACCACUUCAACGCAGAUCUGCUUCGACUUGUUCUGCAGCAGAUAUUAUAUUGCAGCUCCACUGAUCCUGCUAUGUUUAUAUAUGUAUUUUGAUCCUUUUUUUCUAAUCACUCAAGGAGCUGUGUUUAUUCUCUGUUCUUUAUAUGACCUGAAUUUCCUAGAAACUAGCAGACUUCCUACACUGUAAAAUACAGUCUUCUGUUGCUAUGCUUAAUUAUUUUGCAAUUUACAAUCCUAGUUGCCACGAGGGCACUUUUGUGACAACCUGAAACUUAAAGGACUCUUUAUUUUAUAUUUAAAGCGAAGACCAGUAGCUAGAAAGGGUUACAGCGUUUUCUCAGCCUACCAAGAAUAUUGCAACACUUGCUGUUGAUGUGCAGUAAUAUUGCCACACACAAUAAAGGUGUUUAUCUAUCAACACUAAUAGACAUAUACUACUUGUGACUGAACGCCACCGGGUAUGUGGGUCUGCCACCUCAGACAGGGAUCCUUGCUGAGAACAGGACCAUUCUAUAUCUCCCCCAGCUGAUCACCGUGCGCAGGCCCAUUUGGGAAUGCCUCUUCUUACCAGUCAGGUAUUAACCCCUCUGCCUCCUGCUCCCAGUCAGGUAUUAACCCCUCUGCCUCCUCCUCCCAGUCAGGUAUCAACUCCUCUACAUCCUUAUCGCAGUCAGGUAUUAACCCCUCUGCCUCCUUAUUGCAGUCAGGUAUCGACUCCUCUGCCUCCUUAUUGCAGUCAGGUAUUAACCCCUAUGCCUCCUCCUCCCAGUCCGGUAUCGUCUCCUCUGCCUCCUUAUCGCAGUCCGGUAUCGUCUCCUCUGCAUCCUUAUCGCAGUCAGGUAUUAACCCCUCUGCCUCCUGCUCCCAGUCAGGUAUCGACUCCUCUACAUCCUUAUCGCAGUCAGGUAUUAACCCCUCUGCCUCCUCCUCCCAGUCAGGUAUUGACCCUCUUCCUCCUCCUCCCAGUCAGGUAUUAACCCCUCUGCCUCCUGCUCCCAGUCAGGUAUCGACUCCUCUACAUCCUUAUCGCAGUCAGGUAUUAACCCCUCUGCCUCCUCCUCCCAGUCAGGUAUUGACCCCUCUUCCUCCUCCUCCCAGGCAGGUAUUGACCCCUCUUCCUCCUCCUCCCAGGCAGGUAUUGACCCCUCUUCCUUCUCCUCCCAGUCAAGUCUCAACCCUUUUCCUCCUCCUCCCAGUCAGGUAUCGACUCCUCUGCCUCCUUAUCGCAGUCGGUUAUUGACCCCUCUUCCUCCUCUUCGCAGUCAGGUAUUGACCCUUCUGCUUGUCCUGUUUCCAACUACUACCUUUGUGGCAUUCAGGCCUAGCUCUUUCCUUACAUGUCCCUGACCAGGGCAGCUAGCAAGCAGUUCUGACAACUCUGCUAAUGGAAUUUCCAAACAAACCAGGUAGGAUACACAGCUCUUCAUUUUUGGACGAGGACUAGCCUUUGGUGACUUGUCCUUUUUAACAUAUGGUGACAACCAUUUACAAUACAAAAUAUUUGUAAACAAGCAACCAUAAUUCAUACAUCAAAAUAUACAAUGCAAGUAACCCUUUUAAACACAAUAAAAGCAAAAAUAUAUACAUGUAACUGCCUAUUUGGUUGCUCUAAAUUGCAUACCAAUAAUAUGUACAUUUGACACGUCCAUUCAGUCAACAGAGGGGGCGCUGCACAGUUAUCAAACUAACAAUGUAUAGUUUGCAAGUCAAGUGCUAGAGUCACACUGCUAUUCUAUACAUUAUUCAUAUGCCAGUCCUGCUGUAUCAUAUCUAUUGGGGCCCAGGAUGACCAAUGGAUUCCAGAUGGCAGUCAUAACUAGCAGAAUCUAAUCUAACCAGUAAUGUCUCAUGUGAUUUCCUGACCUCUUUUUCCUUACGGAAGUGAAUGAACUGCUGUAUUGCUAAUUCUUACAAAAAAAAACACAAAGAUCACCUUUGCGAUCUCAGUUUGUUUUCUAACUUUUUAGCAACAAGUGAUAGAUAGCUUGUUCCUUUCUAUCUUUUUAAAUGAAUUUAAUAUGAGCCUUUUCUGAUCCUCGUCAUUUUGCACUUAGUUUUGGUGAAGCCCCAACCAAAAUGACAUUAUUAGAUUUUUAAUUUUAUUUGUCUGUGCAAAGAUUUCGAGGGUUAAAUAAUGUGUGUUGUGUGUUUUUUUGUUUUUGUUUUUUUUAUGUCAACACUCAUUAAGAGAUCGGUUGCAACCACCAUUACUCUCAGCCAGGAAGUUUGGAACUGUAGCGUGACAUUGUCUAGUUAAUCUAUAUUCAAUACAGCUGUUGUAAACGGUAAUGUUGCUACGACCUGGUCUUUUAACACAGAAUCUCUAUCGAAUAACAUAGCUUUUACUAAACAAAUGAGACCAGAACAGUUCCAAAAAGUGCGGUUCUAGUAACGAUUACAGACUAGGAAUGGAGAAGUUUAUUCAUAACGUGCUAACCUUUUUGUGUGUUCUUCUGUUAAACCCUCCGGGCACCCGAGGCAACAGAACAAUGGUUGGGCACUGCCACGUAAUGCGAUUACUUGUCAUUUCUAAUUGUAAAUUAAGGUUUAGAAAACAUCCGUGAUCUUUCGAUGUGUAUAACCAGACAAUGUGUCCAGUCUAUUGUUCAUCAUGCCCAGGUACUCAAAGGGCCAGUGAAUUAAUGUAACGGCAAAUAAUUAACACUCCCUCUAAAUCUCCAUAGUCCGAAGAAGGGGGAAAAAAAAACAUUUCUAUAUACCUAUACACAAUAACAAAGUUUGUCUUUUCCCCAAAACUGAUUUUUAUUUUCUGUAUAUCACUAGUUGGAACUGUGUUCUGUCUGAUUUAGUUGGACUGACGUCUAUCACAUUAUGUUUGCUUAGCUUUAUCAAUGCAUUACAUUCCUGUUAAAUUCACAAACCACUGGUAAAUUUCAAUAAAAUACAAGAAAAGGGCAACAAGGUCUUAUCUUUUGCCGUAUGAAGCUUGGUGUUUAGGAACUGGAUGAAUUAGUUGGCAAAAUAAAGGGAUCGUUGAGGAACAUGUCUAUACCUAGUAGUAUU